CUGGUGUUGUGGAGAGCGAUUUCAGAGCACACAUGGACAGAUAACUAGAGGGAGCUCAGCCACUGCCAAGUUCCCACCCAUCCUACAGCAUCACCAAGAGAGAGCACCAAAGCCUUCUCUCUCUAAAAAAUAGCGGUCAAUGAACGCAAUUCAUGUAAUUUACUUAAGGAUUAGUCUGAUGCGGACUUUUAUUUUUAAGCCUUUCCAGUUGUAUUUAAGCCUAGCCUGUUAUUCACCCGCCUGCGCAGUUCAACAAGAAGAUCACAGACGGGCAGAUGUGAAACAGACCCGAGAUUUAUUGUUAUGAAAGAGAGAAACAACAGAAUUGCCAUGUAUCGAGGGUUUAUGUGGGAAGACGUGGCAUGCAUCCUGGGAAGUAACCUUAGCAACCGGAGAAUCCUGAACACCCUGCAUAGUUGCUUUACGUAGAAGCAUUAUUUCAUCGCUGACGUCCCAUUUUCAGCACCUUGGACAACGACGAGCACGUUUCACAGUGCGACACUGAGAAAAAGCGGGAUAAUCGACGGAUAUUUCUAUAUUUACCAAUUCUUCUUCUUCUGUAUCUACAUUUAUCAUCGCGAGGAAGACGUAUUGAUUAAUUCCAUAUCUAAAGACACUGUCAUAAUCAAGGCAAGAUGGGAACUGUUCUCUCAGUCUCCCCGAGUUAUCGAAAGGGAGGCCUAUUUGAUGAAAUACCACCCCCACUGGCACAUUAUACAGCUGUGCAAAACAGUAAAAACGCCAAGGACAAGAGCCUGAAACGGCAGUCGCUCAUCAAUGUCCUGCCGUGGAAGCGCAUCGUGGCGGCUUCGGCCAAGAGGAAAGGCUCUAAGAAGCUGGCGUCUGGCGACAGUCAAGAUGAAGAGAGCGUGGGCACCCUCAACAGCCAAAACCUGAAGAAGUCCCAGUCCUGUGCCAAUCUCUCCGGCUUCACUCAGGAGCCGGCCGUGAGCUCCAUACCCACGUCGAAAACUACGGCCAAUGUGGCCUCCACCACGAAGAGGACCUCGAUCACUGGAUCGGUGGGUCAGGCGACCAACGCUGGCACACCCAAAAGAGUGAUCGUGCAGGCUUCCACCAGCGAGCUUCUGAGAAGUCUGGGCGAGUUCCUGUGCCGACGCUGCUACCGACUGAAACGCCUCUCUCCGGCCGACCCUGUUCUGUGGCUGCGCAGCGUGGACCGGUCCCUCCUGCUGCAGGGUUGGCAGGACCAGGGAUUCAUCACCCCAGCUAACGUGGUCUUCCUCUAUAUGCUGUGCCGCGAGGUCAUUACGGGCGAGGUGUCCAGCGAGCGCGAGCUGCAGGCCGAGCUGCUCACUUGCCUCUACCUGUCCUACUCCUACAUGGGAAACGAGAUUUCCUACCCGCUCAAACCCUUCCUGGUGGAGACAGAUAAGGAUGCCUUUUGGAAUCGCAGUCUGGCGAUCAUCAACCGCAUGAGUAGCAAAAUGCUCCAGCUUAACUCUGACCCGCACUACUUCACGCAGGUUUUCGCUGACCUGAAAAACGAAAGUCAAAAGGAGGAGGAGAGCCGGAUACUUAUCGGCCUGGAUCGAUAAGUUAGCCGUUUGUGCAUAAACAGAAAAAAAAAACUGUGCAUAAAAAGGUUUUGUGUACAGAAACAAAACAAAAACUUUAGUGUUAUUAUUAGUAUUAAAAAGCAUAGAUUUUUGAAGCUUAUUUGUAGCAAUGAAUGCGAUUGGAUCAGCCAUUUGAAACCCUUAGGUCUGACCAAGAUGCAGGACAACUCCUUGCCAGCCAACAGUGUGUUCUUUGAUUAGUCGUGUGGCGUUUCGGAGGGCAAUGAAUCAACUGCAGGAUAUUCCCGACCGGGCAGCAUGUUGACCUUUCCAAGUGAUUCCAUCCAUACACAAACAUUAGCAGCAGACUUUAUGACUCCCAAUAAAAAAAAUGCUUCUCGACUCACAAUAAAGACUGAACGAGCUCAGUUUGUGCUACAGUUUAGUAGUAGUUGAAAACGAGAGCCAAGUUAGCAACACUUUCAAAAUUAUUCAAACCAAAGACUCUAGUUUGACAUUCACAUAAAUCCUAGACAGAUAUAUGAGGACCAUGAACUGCUGCUCUUGCAUGGCAUCACUUUUUCAACAUGUUAUGUUUGUUUAGCAUAUCUUAGUGGCCUUCAAGAAGGUCUGGGUCUUAAACUGCUGCAGAUUCAAGGCCAUUUGAUGAGGUGAUCUGUACAAACGUACAUCAGUUGUUGUUAAUGACAUUCUAUAUUGAGGAAAUCGAUGAUGAUUUAUGUGCUAAAAAGAUUUGUGAUGAAGGACCGACCACACUGCUUCCAACAGAACAGAAACUUUCACCUCGAGAAGGAGACCGUUUUCCAUGUUGCGCCACCUAUUGUCAUCGUGAAAAGAACUGAAAUCUCCAAUGGGGAACAAACAAAUAGAGCGCGGUUUUAUGUAUUUUCAGCAGCGAGUACUGUAUGUUCUUAUACGGGUGUUAAUGCAUGCUUCUUGACCAACCACACACUUUUUAAAAGAUUUUUGUUUUAUGAUUUGAUGGUCACAAUUUUUAUAUGAUGUUCUUUUGGACAGUGUUCCAAAAAAGAUGUGCCAUAAAAGUUAUAAAAUUCAGCAAGAAGUACACUAAGCUUUUGUAGCCUUCUCAUUAGGAAAGGGAUAUUUUUGAAAGAGCAAAGGAGAAGAGACAUUAUGGAAAGACUUGAGCUGGAGACAUACAAUGUUACAAAUAUUUUGUUUAAAAAAGAAGAAAGUAAAUUGCUUAUAUUAUUAGAAACUUGCCAUUGCUUUCAGUCCAUUAUAGGUCCAGAAUAGUAUUUUCAUAAUAAUUAUACAUAAAAACAAAACCCUACAGUUAUUUUAAAUACACAAAAUGCCCUCAAAUACAUAUCAAACAUAAAAAUGCUAAAAGAUGCUGCAAAACAAAAUAGUGCAAGGGUCAUGUGCAAAAUAAACUAUGAAUAAUGUUACGUUACAGUUUUAAGUCAAUCUGUUGAAAGAAAGCACUUACAAACAUGUUAAUUUUGCCCAUCAAGCUUCUUUGUUAUCUUCUUUUCUCUUUAUUUUAUGCUAUCUUACAAAAUGUGAGAAGACAGCAGAUUUGAUUUAUGCACAGUUUUUCUUCUGUUAAACUGUACGACACAUUGCAAACCAGAUAUGUUGCCGAUGAGACGUUUUGAAGUGAUGUAAUUAGUAAUCAUCUUGAGAACGAGGUGCUGUCCUUCCUGUGAAUGAGAGAUAUUCAUCAGCAUUUCUCGAUACAUUGUUUGCUCACUAUUCAAGCUUUAGUGUGUGACUUGAGGACAAGCACAGUUUUUGUUAAAGAUGAUCAACAGUGAUGAAGGAGGGGGAUUUAAAGCAGUUCACAGGUGUAAUAUUAACAUUUACAAAGAGGCUGAUUUGUGAGAGUCUUAAGAGGCCUCAAUAAAAAAAAGUACAGCAGCUUUUCAAUAUGCAAAUGAUGACAUACUGAUGACAUACUAAGAUUAGUUACCUGGACACACACAAACUGAUCAAAUCAACUCAGAUGGCAGGUCAUCUGUGACCUGAUUGCACUACGUUUAGCAAUAUGCACAACUGAAGUUUAAAGAUCAAUGACAGACAAAAGCUAACAGACAACAGUCUUUAACUCCAUUUAUUUGUCUUUUGUCUGUUAAAAAGUUUUUUUUUUUCUGUUUCUAUAUCAUUUACACACAAGACUAUAUACAUAUUUCUGAUCAUUUGCUAGUGACAACGCAUUCACAUUUAUCCCCCAUAUUUUGUGUCUGGCCUCAUUCUGAUUAAACACUGAUGGUGCUAAUAAUGCAAAGAUCACGUUUUACCCAUAGCAAGACCGUUCUCAUUGGUUAGCUGAAUGUAGUGAGGUUUUGUACAUAGGGCAAAAAGACUGUACAUGCAUUGAUGCUACUAUAACAAAUGGCUCCAUUGGUAGAUGGGAUACUGGAUGUGAUGAUAACUGACAGUAAAGGUUUGGAGGAGGACCAUACAGCAACUUUGUUCUUGUCAUAGAUAGCCUAAUAAAACAGGCAAAAUUGUGUUAUUAUGUUUCAUACAAUUUUUGUGGUUGAUGUAACAAUCUUCAACAAGAAAAAAAAAAACUGUAUAGCAACAAGAGACUGAAAUACGAAUUUCUCUUUUCUUUAUGUUUCACGUUGUGUGAAUUUUGUUGAUCAAAAUGAAACAAAAAUGAGUAACUAUGAUAUAUUUAAAGAAGCAAUCUGUUACAGUAUAUGGGUGUGUAUGAAUGUGAGUUUGUGCAAUGACUUUGGUCAACUCUUCUAUCUACUUUAUAUAAAAAUGUGCAUUUGCAAGCAAAAUAUUGA